GAGAGAGAGAGAGAGAGAGAGAGAGAGAGAUAAUACAGAUAGAGAUAAAACGAAAUUUCGUGAAGAAUGGACGUGGAUAUUUUUCUGGAAUUGACAAUGCUGAGGAAGGCGUAGGUCUCCCAAGCCUCUGCGAUUAUACUUCAAUGGAGAUUAAUGUGGGCAGUUUUCAGCUCAUCUACUUCCAACCACUCUGCCUAUAGUCCAUCCCAAUGGCCUCUCUUUCUCUCACUCUCUCUCUCUCUCGCGCGCCGUGUGGUUUAAUUUAUAGCUGUCCAUCCGCCACUUGCCACUCUUAUUACUUAAACAACACGAAGCCCUCUGCCCUCGAAAAGUCCGUUUCUUCCCACUCUAAUACCAGGAUCCAGUAAGCUACCUUCACCAUCCAUGGCUAUGCACUAGUUCCUUUCUGGAUCUUCUUAUUUAUUUUGAAUCCUUCACUGCAAUAAACCCAUUGAAUAGAUCCUUCUGCUUCCCCUCUCAGUUCAGUAAAUAUGGGUGCCUGUUUCUUGGACCAACUCAAAGCUCAGCCAGUUUGGGUUCUCGUGUUUUUCGCCGUGGGUUCUCUGUGCCUUCUGAAAUCCUUCUUGGGCAUUCUCAAGUGGGUCUACGCUUGUUUUCUCAGACCCCCCAAGAAUCUCAAGAAAUACGGGUCGUGGGCGGUGGUGACAGGACCUACGGACGGUAUCGGUAAGGGGUUCGCCUUUGAGCUCGCUCGGAAAGGGCUCAAUUUGGUCUUGGUGGGUCGGAAUCCUAGUAAGCUAAAGGAUGUUUCGGACUCGAUUCAGUCCAAAUACGGGAAGAUCCAGAUCAAGACUGUUGUAGUUGAUUUCGCCGGCGAUCUCGACGAGGGUAUUAAAAGGAUUGGGGAAGCAAUCGAAGGUUUGGAUGUUGGGGUUUUGAUUAACAACGUUGGUAUUUCGUACCCGUAUGCGAAGUUCUUCCACGAAGUGGAUGAGGAGCUUUUGAGGAAUUUGAUUAAAGUUAAUGUUGAGGGAACCACAAAGGUUACGCAUGCUGUUCUGCCUGGGAUGCUGAAGAGGAAAAGAGGCGCAAUUGUGAAUAUUGGGUCGGGUGCUGCAAUUGUGAUCCCCUCUGAACCGCUCUACGCUGUUUACGCUGCCACAAAAUCGUAUAUUGAUCAAUUCUCGAGGAGCCUUUAUGUUGAAUAUAAGAAGAGUGGGAUUGAUGUGCAGUGUCAGGUCCCAUUAUAUGUGGCGACAAGGAUGGCAUCAAUCAGGAAAUCUUCCUUCUUUGUUCCCUCUAUAGAUGGGUAUGCCCGGGCAGCUGUACACAGUAUAGGCUAUGAACCUCGAUGCACACCUUACUGGCCCCAUUCUCUUCUCUGGGGUUUGGCAUCAUUGGUGCCUGAGUCUGCUAUCGAUGCAUGGCGUCUCGGGUUCUGCCUCAAGAUUAGAAAGAGGGGACAACUGAAGGAAUCCAUGAAGAAGGAAUAAACUGUUCUUUCUUCAUCAUCCAAUUAUGGAGGUGGACUGGUAUGGGCAGUUCCAUUGGCUGAUCAAGUAUCAGCAUGCUUUCUGUUUGGAAGUCAUAGAUCUUUUUUUCAUAUUUGAGUUGUAGACUUUGCAUGGUUAUGUGAGUUUGUUAAUUUAUAAUCUGCUGUACUGUUCUUCCAUGAGUCUAGUAAUUUGGAUUUUUCCUAUUUUCCUAUCAA